AUGCACCAAUGGCAGCCAGUGAAGGAUCGCAGCCAGAUGAUUAUAGAUGAUGCAGAGGAAAAAUUCCACAGCAGAGUGCGGAGAAGGUUGUCAAUCUACGGAGCCAACCCACCCAAAGCAGUAGUGCGGGUAACGAACGCUGAGGUGGUGAAGCAGAUCACCAGGUAUCAGAAUAUUUGGACAGCUGAGAUGCUGGGAUCAGAUACCUCUAAAUGGGAAGUUCCGAUAUGGACUUUGCACGACAAGUCAAAGUCGCCCCUUGCUGUUUUAGGAGGGCCAGUUCCAGAAGAGAUGUGCCUGGAAUGGAGAGCCCUGAUUCGGCUAGAGAUGUGGGAAGAUGCACUGGAGAAUUGGUGUGGCUGCAGAGGCAAAGUCCUGCCCUCCCCAGAACAGCGCUUUGGGGACCAGGUGAACUUGCGGCUCUGCUUACUGAGAGGACAACCCACAGACAGGUGGCAGUCAAGGGCAGAAACGCACUAUUCCCCGGAAGGUGAUGACUUUGAUGGCCCCAGCUUAUUAUGGGAAGCAUUUGAGGAGAAAGUUGACUUUGGUAGUCCCGAGGGAUAUCGAUUCUGGGACAUUCAAAGCAAGAGGCAGGAGCUGUUACAGCCAUCAGAAGCACUUGCCUUCAAGCCUGACCUGACAUGGCUUAUCUAUAAGGAAUGGUACCUUGAGGUGGAUUACCUAGAACUGCUGGAAAGUGGUCCUUUACUUACUUCAGAGGCAUCGGAUCUAGUGGACUUCAUAUCCACAGAUGUUGGUCCGGGAGGUGUGGAUGAGACAGUGGUCUACACACGUGGAGUGCAGGGAUAUGGGGAAGUUGGCCCAGACCCCCAAGCCCCUAGCAUGGAGACCCUAGUCACCCUGUUAUCUCCCCAGCUGGACCCAGAGAUUGUGGAUUUAAUUGACUUUACCUCUGAGGUGUCAGAUGCGGAUUACCCAACAGAAGAGCAGGCAACAGGGCAGAGUGUUGUUGACCUCUGCCCACCCCUAACUGGCACCCCAGAAAACAGGAAUGACAGCCUCACGCUGGCAGAGGGACUGGAGGAGCAUGCAGCAAUCCCAGUGGAGGAGCUGGCAUUGGGACCAAGAGAUGUCAGUCUCUCUCUGCAAGCAAUGACAGAUUCCUAUCCAGUACAAGUGGAUGGGACUACAGUCUCCACCUAUAUUCUCCAGGGAUACUGGGCAUAUGGCCCAGAUCCACAACAGCAUGUUGGAGUGAGCUCAGCCACCCUGUCUUCUCUCCAGCGACUGAAAGGACUCCAGGGAGAAGGAACAGUCAGCACUUCUCCCCAGCAACUAGUUGAAGGUGAAGAAAGGAUCUCGGUAUUAGAGGAUCAGAUAAAUACACAGCAAGGAUCUUUAAAAAAGCAAGAGGAUAAAUUGAAAAACAUGCAAUUGCGCCUGGAGGAUCGCUCCAGGCGCAAUAACAUUAGAGUUAUUGGUCUUCCGGAGCUCCCGGAGUUUGAGGAUCUCAUGACAUUCACUUCUAUGACCUUGCCACAGGCCCUGGGAAUGCCAGCACAUUUAUUACCGCUGACAGUAGAGAGGGUGCAUAGAGCUGGCUCUAGAGGGAAUGUGGCUCCAAUUCCAGUUACCUGUUCAAUGAGGGCCCUGGAUUUAAGAAGAGAGUCUGCCCAGAUCUUGUGCCCACCUGGGUGUCUUCAGCAGCAGCUUUCAGUGUAUGGGCAUGAUGUAUAUGCAGCUGUGUCCAGCAUCUGUGGAGCAGCCAUACACAGAGGGGUGAUCCCCAGCAACGGUGGAUCAGUAACCCUACAGAGACUUCCAGGGGAGGAAAAUUACCCAGCAGUAUAUGCGAAAGGUGUACAGUCCCAAGCUCUAAGAAAGUGGUCAUCAUCAUUUUCCGUUUCCAAAACCAGACCCCGCGGACAGGAAGUCUCUGGAAAACCUCAGGCGGACAGGUUAUGGAGCAGCUUCAUAACUUCCGUUUCCGGCAAGCCUUCACGGGCCAGGAGACAAAAGAAAACCCCACAGAAGGCAUCAGGAAAUAAAGAUUGCAAAGCUGAAGUUGCCUUUGUUAUCGAUGGCAGCAACAACAUUGGUCAACGUCGUUUUAACCUACAGAAGAAUUUUGUAUCCAAAGUAGCUGUGAUGUUGGGAAUUGGCACAGAGGGGCCUCAUGUGGGAGUGGUACAGGCAAGUGAGUUGCCCAAAACUGAGUUUUAUCUAAAAAACUUCACCUCUUCCAAAGACGUCAACUUUGCAGUGAAGGAGAUCAGCUUCAGAGGUGGAAAUUCAAACAUAGGCAAAACAAUGAAGCACACUGCUCAGAAAUUCUUCACUGCUGCUAAUGGCGUGCGCAAGGGCAUUCCUAAGGUCAUGGUGGUAUUUAUAGAUGGUUGGCCUUCAGAUAACAUUGAGGAGGCUGGAAUUGUGGCACGGGAAUUCGGCAUCAACGUCUUCAUUGUGUCAGUGGCACCUCCCACAGUGGAAGAGCUUGGAAUGGUGCAAGAUGUGGGGUUUAUUGACAAGGCUGUCUGCAAAAACAACAGUUUCUUUUCCUACCACAUACCAAGUUGGUUUGGCACUACCAAGUACGUGAAACCACUAAUGCAGAAGCUUUGCUCCCAUGAGCACCUACUCUGCAGCAAGACAUGCUAUAACUCUGUCAACAUUGGUUUCCUUAUUGAUGGUUCCAGCAGUGUUGGAGAUCUGAAUUUCCGCCUGGUGCUAGAGUUCAUUGCAAAUAUUGUGCGCCCUUUUGAGGUCUCAGAUGUUGGAGCCAAAGUGGGAGCUGUUCAGUUUACCUAUGACCAACGCACAGAGGUAGGUUUCAAUGACUACACCAACAAGGAGGAUGUUCUUAGGGCUCUACGUAGUAUCCGCUACAUGAGUGGAGGCACUGCCACUGGAGAUGCCAUCAACUUUGCUGUGCGUACCCUCUUUCAUCCGACAAAGGAUGGCCACAACAAGAACUUCCUAGUCAUAAUCACAGAUGGGCAGUCUUAUGAUGAUGUCAGGGGACCAGCCAUUGCAGCCCACACAGCAGGUGUGACAGUAUUUGCAGUGGGUAUUGCAUGGGCACCCCUCGAAGACCUGAAAGAUAUGGCAUCUGAACCGAAAAAUUCACACACUUUCUUCACAAGGGAGUUCCCAGGGUUGGAACAAAUUGUCCCUGAUAUAGUUCGUGGGAUAUGCAGAGACUAUCUGGAUUCCCAUAAGUGAGAAUCCCUGCGCAGAAGUACCUGUCAGGACAGUACACAAUAUCUAUGCAUAUCAGCUAAAGGGGAUACAAGGAGGCUCACAUAACAUUCAGUAUUGUUUAUUUACAUGGAGUAUUUUGUGUUU